AUGUCCCGCCCUCUGCCUCGCUCGGAUUGGUCAAUACGGCUGUCGGUCAACCCGGUUGCGGCCGGGUUGCGCAGUGACUGGCUGGUUCCCGAUAAGAGUUUCAGCUGUAAGAUCUGUGGGAAAAAUUUCAAACGUUCCUCGACACUUUCCACACACCUGCUGAUCCACUCCGACACGCGGCCCUAUCCCUGUCAGUAUUGUGGGAAAUGCUUCCAUCAGAAGUCCGACAUGAAGAAACACACCUUCAUCCACACAGGUGAAAAGCCUCACAAGUGUCAGGUGUGUGGGAAAGCUUUCAGCCAGAGCUCAAACCUCAUCACCCACAGCAGAAAGCACACCGGCUUCAAACCUUUCAUCUGCUCUGCAUGUGGCAAAGGAUUUCAGAGGAAAGUCGACUUGCGCAGGCAUAUGGAGACACAUAUUGGGCUGAACUCAGCUGCUGUUUAGGUCACGGGAAACGCAGCCAAUAAGGAACAUGCCAGCUCCCUGGCUCAGCCAAUGAACCAUGUCCCAGCCCUCUGAUUCAGCCAAUGAUGGGAUACCUUGAAAUCGUGAUUAAUGAGAUGAUCCUGAAUUCCUUGGCUCUCCAAAGAUGUCAGUGCGGAGCUGUAGUUCAGCAUGGCUGUAUCCUGGGCCUCUUCCUGCAGAGCGGAACUGCUCCUGCACCAUAGUCUGGGAAGGAAGAUCCCAGUAAAAACCUCCUCAAUCCAGGAUUCCUUAUCCUUUUUAACCUUCCUGCAGGGUUACUGCACAGGGUCUGCAGCGGGUUAGAGAAAGCAGCUCACCACCACCUUCUCAAGGGCAAAUAGGGAUGGGCAAUAAAUGCUGGUCCAGCCAGCGAUACCCACGUCCCCAUGAACGAAUAAAUAAAGAAUAAAAGAUGUAUUUUCAAAAAGUGUUUUAAGCUCUAACAAUGUGUCAAUGCCCAGAACUUCAGAACAGAAAGUGGCCUGAGAGCUCAGAGCCGAAUCCAUGGGAUUAAAACUGGAGGGUCCUGUCACUGGGAGACAGUCCUCGGUGAAACCAGGAUUCUUUCAUAACCACUGACACGGUGAUGUGCCUGAGUUCAUUUUUUAGCUUCAAUGUUUGUUUUCUAUAUAUUUUAAUUAAUAAAAAGAUCCUCGUUGAACAA